AUGUUAUCUGCACGCGCUGCUCUUAAAAGACCCGUUUCUCGCGGGCUGGCUACGGUUGCCAAUUUGACUAGAGAUUCCAAGGUUAACCAGAACUUGUUGGAGGAUCACUCGUUCAUUAACUACAAGCAGAAUUUGGAAUAUGUGGAUAUUGUGAGGAAGAGAUUGAACAGACCAUUGACAUACGCGGAGAAGAUUCUGUAUGGCCAUUUGGAUAAUCCGCACGAGCAAAAGAUCGAGAGAGGGGUUUCGUACUUGAAGUUGAGACCGGACCGUGUGGCGUGUCAGGAUGCCACGGCACAGAUGGCUAUCUUGCAGUUCAUGUCAGCCGGUUUGCCAGAGGUUGCCAAGCCGGUCACUGUGCACUGUGACCAUUUGAUCCAGGCGCAAAUCGGGGGUGAGAAGGACUUGGCUAGAGCCAUCGAUAUGAACAAAGAAGUGUAUGAUUUCUUGGCUAGUGCCACCGCUAAGUACAACAUGGGUUUCUGGAAGCCAGGUUCCGGUAUCAUCCAUCAGAUCGUACUGGAGAACUACGCGUACCCAGGUGCUUUGAUCAUCGGUACCGACUCACACACGCCAAAUGCCGGUGGUUUGGGUCAAUUGGCUAUCGGUGUCGGUGGUGCUGACGCUGUGGAUGUCAUGUCCGAUUUGCCUUGGGAAUUGAAGGCUCCAAAGAUCUUGGGUGUCAAGUUGACCGGUAAGAUGAACGGGUGGACUUCGCCAAAGGAUAUCAUCUUGAAACUGGCUGGUAUCACCACCGUCAAGGGUGGUACCGGUAAGAUCGUCGAGUACUUCGGUGACGGUGUGGACACUUUCUCUGCUACCGGUAUGGGUACUAUCUGCAACAUGGGUGCUGAAAUUGGUGCAACCACAUCUGUUUUCCCAUUCAACAAGUCAAUGAUCGAAUAUUUGGACGCUACCAAGCGUAGCAAGGUGGCUGAAUUUGCAUCUCUUUACAAGAACGAUCUAUUGUCUGCUGAUGCUGAUGCCGAAUAUGACGAGAUUGUCGAGAUUGACUUGAACACUUUGGAACCUUACGUUAACGGUCCAUUCACACCAGAUUUGGCCACUCCAAUCUCUAAGUUGAAGGAUGUCGCAGUGCAAAACAAAUGGCCUUUGGAAGUUAAGGUCGGUUUGAUCGGUUCUUGUACUAACUCCUCCUAUGAAGACAUGUCUCGCGCCGCUUCCAUUGUGAAGGACGCCGCUGCUCACGGUCUAAAAGCUAAGUCCAUCUUCACGGUCACUCCAGGUUCCGAACAAAUUAGAGCCACCAUUGCUCGUGAUGGUCAAUUGGACACUUUCAAAGAGUUUGGCGGUGUUGUGCUUGCUAAUGCAUGCGGUCCAUGUAUCGGUCAAUGGGAUCGUCGUGACAUUAAGAAGGGUGAAAAGAACACCAUUGUCUCUUCUUUCAAUAGAAACUUCACCUCUAGAAAUGAUGGUAAUCCAGAGACUCACUCUUUUGUCGCUUCCCCAGAAUUGACUACCGCUUUCGCCAUUGCUGGUGAUUUGAGGUUCAACCCAUUGACCGACAAAUUGAAGGAUAAGGAUGGUAACGAAUUCUUGUUGAAGCCACCAACUGGUGUCGGUCUGCCAGUCAAGGGCUACGAUCCAGGUGAGAACACUUACCAAGCUCCUGCAAAGGACCGUCAAACUGUGCAGGUUCAGGUCGCUCCAACUUCUGAUCGUUUGCAGCUCUUGAAACCUUUCAAGCCUUGGGACGGCAAAGAUGCUUUGGACAUGCCAAUCUUGAUCAAGUCUCUCGGUAAGACCACCACUGAUCAUAUCUCUAUGGCUGGUCCAUGGUUGAAAUAUAGAGGUCAUUUGGAGAACAUCUCCAACAACUACAUGAUCGGUGCUAUCAACGCUGAGAAUAAAAAGGCUAACUGUGUUAAGAACAUCUACACUGGUGAAUACAAGGGUGUCCCAGACACUGCUAGAGAUUACAGAGACCAAGGUAUCAAGUGGGUUGUCAUUGGUGAUGAAAACUUUGGUGAAGGUUCCUCUCGUGAGCACGCAGCUUUGGAGCCAAGAUUCUUGGGCGGCUUCGCUAUCAUCACAAAAUCCUUCGCUCGUAUUCACGAAACUAACUUGAAGAAACAAGGUCUACUGCCAUUGAACUUCAAGAACCCAGCCGAUUAUGAUAAGAUCAACCCAGAUGACAAAAUUGAUAUCCUGGGCUUGAAAGAAUUGGCCCCAGGUAAGCCUGUCACCAUGAGAGUUCAUCCAAAGGAUGGCAAACCAUGGGACACCGAAUUGACUCACACCUUUAACGAAGAGCAAAUCGAGUGGUUCAAAGCUGGUUCUGCUUUGAACAAGAUUAAGGCAGACAAAGCUUAA